GUUCGGAUAUUCAUACACAUUAAUCACUUAUUUAUAUCAAACAAACAAUAAAUUGUGCUCAAUUGUUAGUUAAAUUAAUCGUUUAUCAGUAGCGAAUUUUGUAAAUAAUUUACAGACAUUUAUUAUACUCAGUCAACUGUUCAUUUUAUUUAAUUACUGCCCGUUCAUGUUUUAAAGCAUAUAUGCUUGUAUCCAAUCGUUGUCUAUGUCACUUUGACAUGUGUUUACGGUUCGCACGUGUGCGAAAGAAUUCGUCGCAAUUUUAUGAAUUUAAUUUUAGUUUAAAUAUAAGCAUAGAUUUUAUUAAAAAUGGGUAAUAAUAAAAAGAAGGGUCCUAAAGCCAAUGUAUUCAAAGUGGCUGGAGCUAAAAGUUUGAAGAAAACAAAAGCUAAAGCUGUUAAUCUAGGUUUGAAGAACAUUAAGCAAAAAGUUCAAGAUAUGGACAAGGAAUUCGUUGAAAUAAAUAAAAAUCCUAAGCCGAAGCCUAGCAAAGCACCGAUUGUACCACCGCAAAAGAAAUCUGAUAAAAAAGUAACGAACGAAGAAGUGGCGAAAACUGUGGAGAAUAUAGUGAAAAUGGACUUAUAAGAGUAAAUCAUAGGUUUUUAUUUAGGCUAUAUAAUCUUUUGUAUUUGAAUAAAAUUAUAAUUUUCUUGAUGAAAAAUAGUAUCAGA